ACCAAAGUCCCUCUCCUUACCGUUUCUGGUUCUCUUCUUUUUGUGUAAUUUUUUUUAAUUCAUCUACUCAUGGCUAAAGUCCGUGCUUUUUUUCUCUUGGCCAUCGUUGCCAUCUCUAUGCUGCAGGCCAUUGUGUUGGCAAUAUCUCAGCAGGGAAAUGAAGCACAUCAUUCAAACAAGAACCGAUAUGGUCCCGGCAGUCUGAAGAGCUCCCAAUGCCCAUCACAAUGCACGAGGAGGUGCGGAAGGACCCAAUACCACAAGGCAUGCAUUUUCUUCUGCCAAAAGUGCUGUAGAAAGUGCCUUUGCGUCCCUCCUGGUUAUUAUGGUAACAAAGCCCUCUGCCCUUGCUACAACAACUGGAAGACAAAGGAAGGAGGCCCAAAAUGCCCUUAAGACUAGUAAUUGAUGUUAGCACUACUCUAUUUUGACCAGUAGGUGUUUGGUUUCUCACUUUAUUCAAGGGAAUGGAUUGUUGUCUCGUUGUUUAA